AUGAAAAAUAAAAUUGAAAUAAGCGAAGUGAAAAUUUUUGCGCUUCAAAAAUUUAGUCAUUCUGAAAAUUUUAUGACAAAGCAUAGCAAAGCAUCGAUGGCAUCUACAUUGACACGGUUCUAUUUCUCAAUUUAUUUAUUGAACAUUGCUAAAGCGCCGCAGAGAAAAAUUAUCUUCGGGGACAUCAAAUUCAAGCACUUCAAAGUAUUCUCUCGACAGAACUUAGCGAAUAUCAAGAAUGAUUUCAGUUUGAAUUUCACUCGAUUUAGGUCAAUUGAAAAGAGAGUGGAGAAGCCGAAUAUCUGCAUAUCUAGUUAUCGUCAAAUAUUUUGA